CUGGCGGCGGGUCCUCUGGUUGGGUCCACUCGUGUGUAGUUUCCGUCGCGUCCCCGCCCCCUCCGCCAUGGGGGUCCCCAAAAGGAAGGCUCGGGGCGGCCAGGACGCAGGGGCUUCCCAUGGGGGCGCAGCCAAGCGGGCCCGCAAUGAAGAGCUCACUGGCGUCAGCUUCAAGGCUCAGCUGAGGGACCCGCAGGGCGCGGAGCGGGCCUUGGAAGCAUUUGUCUCCGCUGCCAAGAUGCUUCCACGAGAAGACAUGUACGACGUGGUGGAAGGGUACAUCAAGAUUUCUGUUGAGUGUGCAGAGAUUUUCCAGCUCCUGAGUGGGGAGAAGCGACCUGAAAGUGAAAGGUUAUUAAUAUUUCAAGUUUUCGAGGCCAUAUUACUGCGGACAGCAAGCGAUCUUUCCCAUUUUCACGUUGUGGGAACCAACAUUGUGAAAAAGCUCCUGAACAGCCACAUGAAGCUCAUCUGUGAGUCCUUGUAUGCCGCUGGCUACAGGAUGGCCCGAGCCUGCCUGAAUCUGAUGGCUGCCAUGGUGACCCAGGGUGCUGAGGCUGCCAGGGACGUCUCCAGCCAUUUUGAUUUGAAUAAAAAGACCUUGUACACGUUGGCGACCAAGAGGGACCCAAAGGGCGUACAGGACGUCCGCCUGGCCUACAUUCAGUUUGCCCUUUCCUUUUUGGUUGCUGGUGACGACAGCACCAUCGUGCAAGUGCUGGAGUUGAAAGAAUUUAUCCCUUGCAUCUUCAGCUCAGGCGUGAAAGAAGAUAGGAUCUCCACUGUCAACAUGCUGCUGUCCACCCUGAAAGCCAAGGUAGUUCACAAUAAACACAUCACGAAAACCCAGAAAGUGCGAUUCUUUACCGGGCAGCUGCUGAACCACAUAGCCUCCCUGUACAGGUGGAAUGGGAUCGUCGACGUGAGCCUGGACGAGGUCAAGGCUUCUGCUGAAGAUGCCGGCAAGACCAUGGUGAGGGAGCUUGUCCACACUUUCCUAACGGACUUGUGCUGUUCGCUCAAGCAUGGGAUUAAUUUUUAUGACGCGUCUUUGGGCACCUUCGGCAGAGGGGGAAAUCUGACGCUCCUGCACUUCCUGUUGGGUUUGAAAACGGCAGCAGACGAUGAGCUGGUAGCCGAACUCGUGGUGAACAUCCUGAAAGUGUGCCCCGACCUCCUCCACAAGUACUUCAAGGAGGUCACGUUUUCCUUUCUCCCGAGGGUGAAGUCCACCUGGACAAAUAAUGUCAAACUGUUAAACAAGAUCUAUGAAGCCCAGCCAGACAUCUCCCGGGCAUUUCAGACCAGAGAGUUCAUCCCUCUGCCGCGGCUCCUGGCGAUGGUGAUGGUGACCACUGUGCCCCUGGUGUGCAACAAGAUGAUGUUCACCCAGGCACUAAAUUUGGACAGCAAAUCCGUGAAGCAAACAGCUCUGUCCCUUCUCUGCGGCGUUUUGAAGAGAGCUUUAAAAACCAUUGACUACUGCCUGAGCGAAGAGGCCUGGCGAGGCUGGGGCGUGUACACGGCCGCCAUGAUGGAGGAGUUCGUGCGUCUCUUCAGAGAGGCCCUGAGCAAGAUUGUGCCAGAUCUCAACACCAUCGUGUGGGUCUGGCAGUCACUUGUGAAGCAAGACACGAAGCCGGAUGAUAAGAAAGGGAAGAAGAAGGGCGAGCGGACUCCUGCUGCCACUCCUGCCACCAUGGCUUCCCAGGGUGACGACGCAGAGACCAUUCUUCUGAAAGCGGCCCUGCUCCAGGUCAUAUGCCUUUACCAGAAGGUGGUGCCGCACGUGGUCACGCAGUACAACUUCGACUUCAGCAAGCUGCUGAAAGGCAUCGCCUCCGAGCAGGGCCUUCGAGAGGGGGUGCCCCCCAUCCUGCAGCACCACAUUCUGCAGGUGGCCCUGGAACUGCCUGCCAGCAAGCUGCUGUGGCUGAAGGCCCAGGAAGGCCCAGAUGCAGAGAUUAUUGGAGGAGAACGAUCUGUGUUUUAUUUGCUGAUGAAAAUGUUUGUGACCAGUGGCCACUUGCAACUCAAGUCAUCAACCAAACUCCUGAUCACAAAGGUCCUGCGGGACACGGGGGUGUUUGAGCACACCUGGAAGGAGCUGGAGCUCUGGCUGGCGCACCUGGACAGCACCGCGGGCGCGGCCCAGGAGGCCGUCAUCCAGUUCCUGGAGCACGUUUUACUGACAUUGGUGGCGAAUCCCUAUUUGUACACAGACAAAGCCUCUGACUUUGUCCAGGAAGCCAGCACGCUGCAGGCCACCUCGACGAAGCAGGACGCCGAUGACGCCAGCAUCCCCAUUUCCCACAUUGACGAUGUUCUCGAUAUGGUGGAUGUCCUGGUGGAGGGCAGCGAAGGCUUGGAUGAGGAAGUCGGAUUCUCACUGGACGAAGACACGAUCCUGCUCACGUUCCCGUUCAGUGCAGUGGUCCCUGCCGCCCUGGAAGCCAGGAAUAAGCUGCUCCUUGGGACAGAAAAUGAAGCAGGAAAAAGCGUCGUGGCCUAUCUGACUGCCGUGCUGACAGACCUCCUCCAUAGCCAGCGAGACCCCCUGGCCCUGUGUCUUCUGCUUCAGGCUUAUGAUAAGCUGGAACCCCCACUCCCGGCUUGCUGCCAUCAGCUCUCCCGCUUCAACAGCUACUACCGCCUCUGGAUCCCAGAGCCAGCCCGGGAGACCUUGGCGCUGCCGACGCUGGACGGUCUUGCCCCCCAGGACCCACCGGCCUCUUCCUUCUCGGCCCUGCUGCAGGGGGCCUAUGAGCGUGAGGGGGCCCUCCUGGAUGAGGGUGUCCAGGCGCAGCUGCUGGCUGCCCUCCCGCGCCUCCCCAUGCACCAGGUCCCCCUGGCCGCGAAACACGUGCUGCUGUAUCUCCGGAGCACCGUGGGGAACUUCCGCCAGCUGGGCAGAAGUGCGGGGCCGGCCAUGCUGCAGCUCCUCCUGGGCCUCCUGAGACGCCUGGUCGUGCACUGUGAGGAGCUGGAUGCCCGGAACCAGCAGGAAUGCCAGGCCGCCCAGGCCGAAUCUCACCUCUUUUUGGACCUGGAGUCCGUGGCCUCGCUGGAGUUGGCCGGUGACAAGACGCUGGAGGAGGUGCUGGCGGUCAUCCUCCGACACCCCACGCUGGAGGGCUGGUUCCUGGCCCUGGAGCAGCAGGCCCUCCCAGCGCACACGCUCAGCCCCGUCCUUGUGAAGCUCCUGGCCGCCCACUUCAGUGCUGGUGUCCUGCAGCUGCUGAUGGCCAGCGCCCCAAUCCUCCGUCGCCUCGGCCAGCUGGGCCUGCUGGCCAAGUACUCGGAGGCCAUCACCCGGAGUGUGUUGAAAGAGCUUCGGAGCAGGAGGGCAGGCCCAGCCACUUGGCCCUCAAAGACCCUCCCACAGCUGGAGGCCCUGCAGGGCCUUCAUUUGUAUCUAGAGGGCGCUCAGCUCCGCGAGGUCACCCUGACCCUGCUGAAACUGCCCGAGGCCCAGCUGGUGUCCCAGCAAGCCGCGAAGUCUCCCGAGAAGAAGAGGCGCCUGAAUGCUUUCGGGGAGACCCUGGUCCAGCUGUUGACCAGCAGCCCCCGGGACCAGCUGCAGAGCGGCGCGCUUCUCUGGGCCUCUGAGUAUGUGAGAGGCCUGGGUGCUUUGCUCCCGGCGCUGGCGGUGGACGAGCUGGACACUGUGUUCCUCCACACUCUGCAGAGAGAGCCCGUGUUGGCCCCCGUGGUCGGGGUCAGCUUGCUCGACUACUGCGUGGCCCGGCGCACACCCGCCACCCUGGGCGUCGCCGCGCUGCUCCUCCAGCACAGCUGCACCCACCUGCUGCGGUUCGAGCUGUGGUGUGGGCAGGCGGGCUCCGGGCGCUGCCUGCAGGAGGACCUGGACGGCUUCCUGCCACUGGUGCACGUGUACCUCCAAGGCAGGACGCGGGAACCCCGCACACGUCCCGCAGCAGUGCCCUCCGCUGUCAUCCCGGUCUUGAGGAAGGCCCUGUGGAGGCGGCUGCAGACUGCACUUGUCAGUGCCAGCGGGCCCCCGGGGUCUGGGCUAUACCAGGAGAUCCUGGCCCAGCUGGUCCCGUUUGCAAGAGCCAAGGACAUCGGUGUCCUCAAAGACCACCUGCCCGGCUUGCUUCGGACGCCCGACGGUGUCAGGAGCUGGGUCGUGGCUGACUCUGUCUCUGCUGUCCUGGAGGGGUCGGCAGAAGAGCUGCGUGCCUGGAAAAAGGUUCUGCUGGAGUCCUGUGUGAGGUGGCUGGUGGCUGCUUUCAGUGAAGGCCCGCAGGAGGCCGACAGCGCCCGAGGGCAUGAGAAGCAAAUGCUGCUGAGAUUUAACGAACUCUUGAAUUCUCUUCAGGAAGUUGAUCCUGAGGACUGGCAGAAGUUUGUGAAGACUGGGCUCAAAUUUCGCUAUCAGGACCACGCGUUCCUGCAGGCCCUCCACGCCGCCCUUCAGCUGCUCUACCUCCCGGAAAACUCUGUGGGCGCCAGGCUGGUCCCGCUGCCUGUGUUCCACAUGAUGCUCACCCAGCAUUCUCUGUUCUUGCCAACGCUGCUGACGUCCGAACAAGAGGAAGAUGCAGACAGUCGCGUGAAAGAGGCGCUGGUGGACCUCAUGUCGGCGGUGGUGAGGAUGUGCCCCGCAGUCUGUGAGAGCAGCCACUUCGCCGUGCUCCUGGGGGCCUACGGCGCCUCCCUCAGCGUCCUGGACCAGAAGAUUUUGCUUCUCCUCCGGGCAUAUGAACAGAACCACCUCAGCCUCAUCAACUUCAGAGUGCUGCUGUGGGGCCCGGCGGCUGUGGAGCAUCACAAGACGUGCAGGAGCCUGGGCAAGUCGCUGUGGCAGGAGCCGAGCCCCGGGGACAUCCUCCGCUUGCUGGAUCAGGACCGGAUGAUGAAGACCAUCCUCCACUUCCCGCAGAACCGCAGGCUGCUGGCCCCUGAGGGUGCGCAGGAGCCGCUAUUUACAGAUGAGAGAAUAGCGGAUCUCGACCGCCUCUAUGACCCCUGCUUUCUCCUUCACCUCUUCAGUGAAUUGACCAGGCCAGAAUUUGUGGUGGAUUGUCGAAAGUUUUUGGACUCAAAUGCUCUGGGCCUCACAUUUGCGGCCCUCAGCAGCUACGACCCCCAGAUGCGAGCCACGGCCUACUACGUGCUGGCCGCCUACUACUCGCACUUGGAGGGGGCGCGUUUCCGAGAGCAGGCCCAGCUACUUUACCUGUUGGAUGUAGUCAGGAACGGGAUCCGGACUCCAAACAUGAGACUCACCUUUACCUUAAGUCUCUUCAUCGCCAAAGUGGCCCUGCAGAUUUUGAAACCAGAGGAGCACAUGUACCUGAAGGUCAGCAAGUUCCUGCUGUCGCACGAGUACUUGAAUAUGAGCAAAAUCCCAGGCUUCUACCAGUUCUUCUACAGCUCCGACUUCGAGCAAAAAGCAGAGCAGGAGUGGGUGCUCGAAGUCCUGCGGCAGGGCAUUCGCGACAAGCACUGCUACGAGCUGUACUCCCGGCGCGGCGUCUUCCACGUCCUCCUGUCCUUCUUCAGCAGCCCCUUGUGCGAUGACGUGGCGCAGAAUUGGAUCCUGGAAAUUCUCCAGAAUGCUGCCCAGGAUACCAAGUCUGCAUACGCGCUCCUACGAGACUACAGCCUCUUAACGUGGGUCUUACACAUCCUGGAGAGCAGGUUCCUGGAGACCCCGCUGCUGUCUAACAUCAUCUCCUUGCUGCACACGCUGUGGGUGACCAACCUGGGAGACAAGGCGCUGGAGAGCCAGCCUCCCCACGGGCCCGCGCCCCAGGAGCCCCCGAAGCUGCUGGCCCUGCACCUGGUGGACGAGUUCCUUUACGUGCUCGUUGCGCUCACGAGGCACCUGAGGCCCGCCUUGGCCCCCGCCCAGCUGACCAGCUUCUUUGGGGCCCUUGACGCGGCGCUGAGGUACCGGGCCACCGUCCUGCGGGCCUUCAAGGACAUGAACCGCUUCACAGUGAACGAGACAGUGCUGUCCACCAAGGACGUGCUCGUCCUGUUGCACAAAUGGAGCCUCCUCGCGAGAGACGUCAGGCUCCAGGAAGACCUUCGCGCAGCCGUCGAGAAGCACCCAGUCAAGGAGCUUCUGAAAAUGUUCAAGGAGAAGAGCAAGCCUGCCGCUCCGGCCCGCGCCAGAGGCCCGCGGGGCCGAAGGAGGCGGCCUGAGGAGGCAGAAGCGGCGGCCGAGCCUGAGCUGCAGGCCUCCAGCCUGGAGACGUGCAGGGGCCUCCUGCGGUCCAUACUGACUCACUGGGCGCCGGUGUGCCCCAGCCCUGACCUGGCUCCGCGGCGCACCGGCGAGCCCGAGGGAGGCGCCCGGGGCCCCGCGCACGCCGCCGCCUCUCUGGCGGUCAGCUGGGCGCUGCGGUCCGUGGCCGGGUGCCCGCUCCGCACGUCGGAGGCCGCAGGACUCCUCGGCUGGCUUAGGAGCCACGUGCUGCCGCGGCCGGCCCUGGCGGCCGCCCUGCUCGGGGACCAGGACGCGAGGAGCAGCUUGUUCCGGCUGCACAGCCAGCUCUGUGCGGCCGAGGGGCUGGCGGGGCCCCAGCUGACAGCGGCCUGCCUGUGCAGCACCGUCAUGCUGCAGACGCUGGCGGCCCAGGGCCCGGCGGGGAGCCCCUUCCGGCAGGCGGUCGAGGCGCUGUGCCGCCGCUCUCUGGAGGAGGAAGAGGAGGAGGCCACGCGAGCCGCCGCGGCCUUCCUGGUGUCCCUGUACGUUAAGGACGCCUGGCUGGGGGCCCAGCAUCCGGGCACACUCCUGAGCCACGUCCGGAUGACCUGUGACGCUGCAGAAGCCGAGCUGCGAGGUGGCAGAGAGGAGGCCAUCGUCCUGCUGUGCAGGGACCUCGCGGCCUCGACCUCAGAAGCCUGAGGCCCGCCCACCGCCCUCGCCGCCAGGUUCCGGGAGGCUGAGUCGCGGCUUCUGGGAGGCGCGUGGCGAGAGGGCUGCGCGAGACCCGGUUCCCUGAGCAGAAGAGCUGGCCGUUGAAGCGACCGAGGUGCGACGAGCUCAAGGGAGUGCCUACAGGGUAGGCCGUGUGGGGGCGGCCGCACCCCUCAGCCUCAGGUGGGCGGGAGCCACCUCCUGUCGUCAGAGGUGCAGAGGUGCCGCUCUCGGGUUCCCGGUGCGAAGCGAGAUGCAAGAACGUGAAGAGAAGUUGCGACGAAGCUUGGAGAUUAGGCUUCCAUCCAUGCGCGCUCAUUGUUUACUGAAUGGAAGUUGUGUUACUGAAAUCCCAAAGACGGGAUCCAGUUUGACUUCUUUUUUCUUGUAUUUUUUUAAAGCUGUGUUUUAAAGAGGGGUAUUUGAGUUGUACAACUUCUU